AUUCGUUCCAUACCCGAAAGCAGAAUGGGCUUGCGGGAGCUCGUGCUCGAAUCCAAGCUCGUGCUUGCCGUCGUCGCGCUCGUCCUGGCCCGAUGCAUCGACCGUGUCCUCAACACCCGCAUCACGUACGAGUAUACACCGUUCCUGUGGUUUUUCGCCAACAUCAUUUGCCCCGUCUCGUUCCUCUCCAUCUCGUGGCCCAUCGUGAUCUACAAGCUCCGUAAAACAGACGACAUUACGCCCGAGAUGCGCGCCUUUCCCCAUUACAAGUUUGCGAUCAUGGCCUUCUUGGACAUGGCCAGCAGCUUCCUCGCGACGCUGCCGAUGCCGCACAUUGGCGGCAACUUGGCCAAUGUCCUUGGGCAAGUGACGCUACCGCUCAACAUGCUGCUGUCGAUGGUGUUUCUUCAAACACGCUACGAGCGGUCGCACAUCAUCGGUGCCACCAUGGUGCUCUACGGCGCGCUCGUGUGCAUGAUUCCGAUCUUCCGCGGCGAAGUGGCCUUGAACUCGCCAGAUCCGUCGUUUGGCUGGCUCCUCCUCUAUGUCUUUUCGAUGGUGCCUGCUGCGACCUCGAAUGUCUACAAGGAGAUUGGCUUGAAGGACGUCGAUUUGGACAUUUGGUACGCGAACGCCUGGGUCAGCACAUAUCAAGUGUGCUGGGGAAUCGCAACAAUGUGGACGAUUCGGUUGCCCGCGUUCUCCGACCCGGCCGUUGACUGGCACGAGUUUCCCGCGUAUUUACAGUCGGCGACGAGCUGCUUCUUUGGCAGCAACGUGACCUUCCAUGACACGGACAUGGCGUGCUCCACCGAUAUCUUCCCCACGUUUCUCCAGUACAUCCUCUUCAACAUCGUCUUCAACACGCUCAUGAUGUACGUCUUCAAGGAGGGCAGCAGCGUGCUCUUCGUCAUCUCGUCGGCGGUCUGCCUCCCGCUCACCGAUAUUUUGUACAUGAUCCCGUUCAUCGCGGGCCCCAAGGCGUCCCAGGCGUUCACCAUCUUUGAUGGGUUUGCGCUCUUCAUCAUUGUGAUGGGGAUGGUGGUCUACCAUUCGCAAAAGGAAACGCGCGGGAAAGACAAUCUGUCCACGUCGCCCAUGUACGCGUCGCCGAGUCUCCAGCGCAUGCGCUCCAGCAUGGAGCACAAGCGCAGCCGGAAGCAAGGCUACAAGAAGCUCCUGCGCACGAUGACACCGACGCGCGCCGGCAAGUCGGCCAUGUACGGUGCCACCGACACGGUCGUGUAGCUACUUCCAGACUUCGGGAACCAUCGCGCGGUUCGCGAUCUUUCCGAUAGCGUUCCAUGCUGGCAGUAAUCUAAUUGCACGCAACUUUGCAUAUCGUCAA